CCCGCCAGCACCUGUUUCAAUAUCCGGCGACAAUAGGCAUUUUAACUAAUGUCCGGCCGCGGAGAUUCUGGAGCUCGUGCGUACUCUGGGGGAUGGGGUAGGCUCAAGCCAGUCACCCUCGAUCCCCUAGAAGCAGUUGGCCUGCCUUCAAAAGGCGACAACAGGCUGCUCAACUUUAAGACUCAAGAGAAUUAUUAUACCAAGAUUGUGGAUCGUUAUAUGAGCUUUUGUUCGGAUGCGGGGCGAAGCGAUGAACUCCUCCGUCGCAUGUCGCAGCUGUCAGUUCAAUCUGGUGGGGGCAGGCUGCCGCCACCCGCCAAACCUCUCAAAGGGCUUGCAUCGUCCAUCUACGCCACACCCGAUACUAAGACAACCAAUGCUCUACCACAGCUUCCUUCCAUACCCAAGAAACCUGUUGAAUUUGAUUCCUCCAAAGACUUGUCCGUAUUGACAAUGUCGAUGCGCAAACUUCGCGAGGGAAUCGUGGCCUCUAAACGCAUUGAUGAGUUCUCAACGCAGGCUUACAUAUUCUGCAUUCGUCUGUCUAUUUUGAUCAAGCACAUGGAGUCCUAUCAUCCGGCCCUUCUUCAUCUCCUCCACAGGAUGCAUACAGUACGACCCCUGUCGCGCCUCGAUUUACAAGAGUUCGCUGGCUACCUUGUCCUCGACCUUGCAUGUCGGCAGCAGGACUUGGCUCAGGCGCAUGUGGUGCGCAUUCGAUAUGGCGUAAAGGAUACAAAGAUAUUGGCCGUCCUGGAUGCGCUGGCGCACGACAAUUACUACGUCUUCUGGCAAGUCAAGAGGAGCGUCGACGGCCACAAAGCCAAGUUGAUGGAAUAUGCCGAAGAGGGUAUUAGGUUACACGCCUUGAAGUGCCUUGGGAGGAGCUAUUUUACAGUGUCGCUGAAGUUCCUCGAGCAGGUGACAGGAUCAACGUGGGAUGCGCUUGUCAAAGAAAACAGAGUGGGAUGGGAGCUGAAAGGCGGGGAAGUCGUAAUUCGGAAACCAAAGACGCGGUGAUAUUGAUAUGCAUGGACUAUUGGCACCAUAUCCCUUGACCCUCUUUGCGGUGGCUCUUCCAUCCGUGUGAUACAGGUAAUGCACCGUAUAUUAUAUCAAGAGAUUACCACUCAACAGGCCCUGGAGGAAGGAUUCCAUGAUGCCAUGAUGCCAUGAUGCCAUGUCCUUGGCAUGGAUCUUGGCGAACACCAGAUAGAGUACUCCCCUCCGACGGAAGCUCCCCGGUCCUUCCGGCAUUGCGAACAAGCCACGAUCAGCUGUUUGCUCAAUGUGUCACCACAUUGCGUGCCAGGGUUGGAAUAGCCAUGGCUACUACUGCAGGAUCCCAAAUCGUUCUAUGGGGUUACAGAACAGACACUAAGCUGGAAGUCUCGCUACCAAGACGAAAUAUUAAGCUUGGGGAGGCGCUGGUCAGCCACCAAACCGGUACAGAGUACCGUGAGGUAAAAUACGUAUGACAUGACAGAUAGACGAUAAUUGCCUUACUGAAUGAAG